AUGGGCUUAAAGAAAUCCGUCACUAAGUUCAUUCGAUGUCACUUGCAGUCAGUCAAGCGUAAUAAUGAGUUUAAUGUAUCUGAGGAUAAAAUAGCCCAUUUGCGUGCAGACAUUAAGGAAAAAAUGCAAGACCAGAGUUUUCGAAUUGAUAUGCAUUUUUGCUGGGUAGACAUGAACCAAAAUGAAAGGGAAAACUUUAGUGCACUCUUUAAAACACGCUAUUGGCCAUUAAUAGACCUAGAGGAGGAAUGGUGGAAAGAGUUUGACGAGCUUUGGGUGAGGUAUUGGGAGACUGGGUCUGGAUCAAAGCAGCUUAUGGCGAAAAAUGGCUGUUGUGCUAUAGAUAAUGCAUUGCAAAUUCGAUGCUAA